UGAAGGUGAUGCCCGCCCAGACGCUCCGGGAUCGGCGCCAUCGGCCCGCUCCGCCUCGGAGCCACGGGGGCCACCGCAUCACCACCGCCAGCUUUCCCCGGGGUGAAACGAACCUUCUUUCCCCGCGAGAAAACAGAGUAAGACAAGCGCGCUUUUUUCUUCUUCUUUUUCGGUUGUUCAUUAGGGAUCAGUCGCAAAACAUCCAGAGGACUUGCCUUCCAUCAGACCGUCUCCUUUUUUGCGUCCAGGCUAGGGCUCAUAGAAAAAGACGAAGAAGGAGGGGGGUCAGAUUGUAGAAGAAGAAAAACAAGCGCCAUUUAACCCUCCCCUUGAGGCCUGGCCAAAAACGAGCAUCUGGAAGAUCGGACGUCCACCGUCCAAAAAUCAGGUUGCCUCGCCACAACAUUCCGCGGCAUCGAUUCGGCAUCGAGUCGACGAGAAAGCAAACACGCGCAACUUGGUCUAGGUUCCCAGGAAGUCUCCUCCAAAGCGCCUACCAAUACAGUAGCACAGUUCCCCCGACCCCGGACACGAUGGACUCGAAGCCGGUAUCAGAUAUGGACUUCAGAGCACUUCCAAAGAUCGAGCUCCACGCCCACUUGACAGGCAGCAUAAGCCGGCGCACCCUCCACGACAUCUGGGUCCGCAAGAGGCAGGCCGGCGAGACAGACCUUGCGGACCCUCUUGUCGAGAUGCCGGACGGCAAGCAUGACUACAAUCUCACCACCUUCUUCCCCCUUUUCUCUUCCUACAUCUACAACCUCAUAACCGAUCCCGAGACCCUCCGCGUUGCAACCCUCUCGGUCCUGCAGGACUUCCACGCCGACGGCGUGACCUACCUCGAGCUCCGCACCACCCCGCGCUCUCUCCCCUCACCGACCCCACAGCCUCCCUCUGUCUACGUCUCCACGAUCCUCUCGGCCAUCGCCGCCUUCGAGGCCACGCACCCGGCGGGCCAGGAAACGAUGAUGCGCACGCGCCUGAUCCUCUCCGUGGAUCGCCGCCACACCUCUGCGCAGGCCCGCGAGACCGUCCUCCUCGCCGCCCAGUUCCGCGAGCGGGGCGUCGUCGGCGUCGACCUCUGCGGCGACCCAGCCGCUCGCGUACACGGCGUACCGGGUCAGGACGACGUCUCCAUCUUCCGGGACGCCUUCGCCGAGGCCAGGGACCUCGGGCUGGGUAUCACGGUCCACUUCGGCGAGGCCGAGUGCUCGGGCACCCCCGGCGAGCUCGCCGAGAUCCUGUCGUGGGGCCCGCAGCGCCUGGGGCACGUCAUCCACCUCGGCGAGGACGUGAAGCGGGAGAUUGUGGAGCGAAGGAUCGGGCUCGAGCUGUGUCUCAGCUGCAACGUGCACGCGGGCAUGAUCUCGGGCGGGUUCGAGGCGCAUCAUUUCGGAGAAUGGUGGGGCGUGGAAGGGAGCAUGAUAUCUCUCGGCACCGACGACGUCGGCGUGUUUGGCAGCCCGCUGUCCAACGAGUACAGGCUAGUGGCGGAGCAUUUCGGGCUCUGCCGUGACGAUGUAUGUGCCCUCGCCCGUCGUGGGAUCGAUUCCAUCUUUGGCGGCGAGGACGAAAAGCAUCGUCUCCAGCGUGUGAUGUGGAAAUCUGCGUUGGCCGAGCGGAUCUGAGCGCCGGGUCAAUGGACGGAGGGGAGGGGGGAUAGGGAGGGGUCGAAAGAGGACCGAGAGCUGGCUAUCAUUCAGGAUUCCCGCCCCAUCAUGCCGCCGGCAAACAGAGAAGGAUGGAAGGGGAAGAGAAAAAAAAGGAAUAAUAAAAAGGAGUAGUGCGUGCGUAUCCUUCUAGAUGCCUGCCGCUCCCGUCAGCUAAGCGUUGACGGUGGACUGCCUCCCCGUCCGGGCGGCAUCCUGCUGCACGUUUUCUUUACUUAGCGACAUUACUUGGGCUUUUUGGCGACCCCGAGACC